AUGCCUCUCAUCAACCCAGUGCAGAGCAAUCCCAAGGAUUCGACCGAGGAGUGGAUGAACAAGCUCAUGGGAAAGACCAUCUCAGACUCCGAGUCGAGCGCCACCGCCUUCUCCAAAAAGGAUCUGCCGGAGGGUCAUCGCGUCGUUGGCCCCAACACGAGGACGACGAGGGACAUCAACCCAGACCGGCUGACGAUUAGCACCGACGAGCAGGGCAUUGUCACCAAUGUUGGCUUCAACUGA